AUGAAGGCGACAUCCAUUUUUGCUGCUCUUGAAGUCCUGGUACUCGUCGAUGCCCAUGGCUAUUUGACAAUCCCUUCCAGUCGUACACGUCUCGGAUUCGAGGCUGGAAUUGACACAUGCCCUGAGUGCUCUAUCCUCGAACCAGUAACGGCAUGGCCUGAUUUAGAAGAAGCACAAGUCGGCCGAAGUGGACCUUGCGGUUACAAUGCGCGAGUCAGCGUGGACUAUAAUCAGCCUGGUGAAUACUGGGGAAAUUCAGUUGUCGCCACUUAUACUGGUGGAGAUGUUGUAGAGGUUCAAUGGUGUGUUGACAACAAUGGAGAUCACGGCGGCAUGUUCACCUACGGCAUCUGCCAAAACCAAACGCUUGUUGAUUUAUUCCUUGAUCCGGACUAUCUCCCCAGCAAUGAUGAGAAGCAAGCCGCGGAAGAUUGUUUCUUAGCGGGUGAACUUAAAUGUACGGAUGUGGAUGGACAAACAUGUGGGUAUAACCCCGAUUGUACUUCUGACCAAGCAUGUUAUCGAAAUGAUUGGUUUACCUGCAAUGCCUUCUCAGCCGAUACAAACCGCGGCUGCGAGGGCGUCGAUGGUGCUGCAGAAUUCUCCUGCACAACAACUAUCUCGGGUGGUUAUACGGUGACGAAGAAGAUCAAGAUUCCAGAUUAUGGUUCAGAUCACACAUUGCUACGCUUCCGAUGGAACUCGUACCAAACAACACAGGUGUAUCUACACUGCGCAGACAUAGCCAUCACCGGGUCUGGUUCGGGUUCGGGUUCGGGCUCAAGUUCCAGCUCUAGCUCCUCAAGCAGUACCAGCAGCACUAGUAGUAGCAAGACCAGUACUGCGACUACUACGACAACUUCAACGUGCACAGCAGCAACAAGUAUAUCCGUUAAGUUCAAUGAACUGGUAACGACUACAUAUGGAGAGAACGUCUAUAUCGCAGGAUCUAUUAGCCAACUUGGAUCAUGGGAUACAUCGUCAGCUAUCGCUCUUUCUGCAAGCUCGUACACAUCCUCAAAUCCACUUUGGACAGGUACAAUCAGCCUUCCUGUUGGUACGAGCUUUGAGUAUAAGUUCAUCAAGAAAGAAACAGAUGGAAGCAUUGUUUGGGAAAGUGAUCCCAAUCGAAGCUAUACUGUGCCAACCGGAUGCUCUGGAGCAACAGCUACAGUGGCUGCAACAUGGAAAUAA